AUGGCACCCAGCUUCGAUACUUUGUCCGAGCAGGACCUCCACGAAGAGGAGGAAGAGGAGGUUGACUUCUCCGAUCUUAAGGCGCAGUAUGAAGUGAAACUUGAGGAGGGUUUGGACACAUUUGUCGUCAUCGACGGACUCCCAGUUGUGCCGGAAGAAAACAGACAGAAACUCAUUAAAUUCUUGUUGAGGAAACUCAACGCCGUUGGCCACACCUCCGAAGAUGCCGUCUUUAUGCCCAUCAACGAGAAGAACAUGUCCGAAGGAUUUGCCUUCGUCGAAUACGAAACCCCCGAACAAGCCGUCGCCGCCGUCAAGCAACUGCACGGAACUCCCCUUGAUAAAAAGCACACCCUCCUCGCGAACAAGUUGAUGGAUAUUGAGCGCUAUGGCCGAGAAGGACGUAUCGACGAGGAAUACAAGCCUCCGACUAUCGAACCAUUCACAGAAAAGGACCACCUACGCUCGUGGAUCGGAGAUGCCAAUGCUCGUGACCAGUUCGCUCUCUAUCGCGGCGACAAGGUUGGAGUUUUCUGGAACAACAAGAGCAACCCACCGGACAACGUCGUGGAUCGUGCUCACUGGACACAGCUUUUCGUCCAGUGGUCUCCUAAGGGUACUUACCUCGCAUCUGUUCACCCACAGGGUGUGCAAUUGUGGGGUGGCCCUACUUUCGCCAAACAAAAGCAAUUCCCUCAUCCAUUCGUCCAACUGAUUGAGUUCUCGCCUGGCGAGAACUACGUGACUACCUGGUCUGCCCGGCCCAUCCAGGUUGAAGAGGGCAACCCUAUCCUGACUUACGAGGAGGACGGAAAGAACAUCAUUGUCUGGGACAUCGUUACUGGCAAGCCCCUACGGUCGUUUGUUUCACAUGAUCUGGAUGGCCCGGAGAGCGAAGCGCAGCCGAAGAAGAAGGUUCAAUGGCCAGCUUUCAAAUGGUCUGCCGAUGAGAAAUAUGUCGCCAGAAUGCUCCAAGGCCAGUCAAUUUCUAUUUACGAACUCCCGCGGAUGAACUUGCUCGGUAAGACGUCCGUAAAGAUUGACGGAGUCAUGGAUUUCGAGUGGUCGCCCGCGACAGUCAGCCGUGAUAGUAUCAAGCAAUAUGAGCAGCUUCUCUGCUUCUGGACUCCCGAAAUUGGCAGCAACCCUGCUCGAGUUGCUCUUAUGAGCGUUCCCUCGAAAGAGAUUGUCCGAACCCGUAAUCUCUUCAACGUGUCGGAUGUGAAGCUGCACUGGCAAUCCCAGGGUAACUUCGUUUGCGUGAAGGUGGACCGCCACUCCAAGUCUAAGAAGUCUAUGGCCACCAACCUCGAAAUUUUCCGGAUACGAGAAAAGGGUGUCCCCGUCGAAGUUGUGGACAAUCUCAAAGACACCGUGAUCAAUUUUUCUUGGGAACCCAACGGUGGUCGUUUCGUUGCCAUCACGACCGGCGAUGCUGGAGCCGGUGCUUCUCCCAAGACCUCCGUCUCAUUCUUCGCUCCGGAAAAGAAGGGUGUGCAGGCUGGCAACUUCAAGCUUGUUCGAACCAUUGAGAAGAAGACCAGCAAUGCUAUUUACUGGUCUCCUAAGGGCCGUUUCGUCGUUGUUGCCACUGUCCACUCUCAAUCAAGCUUUGACCUUGACUUCUGGGACAUGGAUUUCGAGGGCGAGAAGAACGAGAACGAGAAGGACCUUGCAGCUAACCUACAGUUAAUGAAUACGGUCGAUCAUUAUGGUGUUACAGACAUUGACUGGGACCCCACGGGUCGUUACGUCGUCAGCAGUGCUAGUGUGUGGACUCACUCGAUGGAAAACGGCUUUAACCUUCACACUUUCUCCGGAGAGACCCUCGCCGAGAACCCCACCGAUAAGUUCAAACAAUUCAUUUGGCGUCCUCGCCCCGCCACGCUUCUCAGCAAGGAGGAGCAGAAGCAAGUACGGAAGAACCUCCGCGAAUACUCCAAGGAAUUCGAAGAGGAAGACAAGUACGCCGUCGAUAUUGCCAACACCGCUGUUGUCGAAAACCGCAAGCGUAUUCUCAACGAGUGGGCUGCCUGGAUUCGUCGGGAGAAGGAGCUGCUUGCCGAGGAGAAGGAUGCAUAUGGUCUACCCGACAACGCGGACGAACCCAAUAUUGCCAAGGAUGCGCCGGCCGUCACAGAAGACAAGGGCGAGACAGUGGUCGAGGAAAUUGUGGAAGAGAUUGUGGAGGAAAGCGAAGAGAUUAUUGGUUGA